GACAGUAAAUGUGGUCGGGCUGAGAGAUGAAGUUUGAGUUGUUACGCUGCAGAAGUUGUUGCCUUAACUAAGGCAUGUCUUCCUUUCAAUUGUGAAACUCUCACACUCCGCCACUGGUGACGUGGUCAUGAGUAGGUUUUUUUCUCCUCCAAACAGACUUGAUAAAAGCACACUGCUUCUUGCACCGCCCUACUUUACUUCAUAAGAUGGAGAUGAAGGAGGUUCGGUCAGCACCACCAUCAGACUAUCAGGAACUGCAAUUUAACAGGGACCAACACACUGUUGUGACCAUCGGCAACCCUGUGGAGCAUCCCAGAGACUAUGUGGUAUGGUCCAUCUGCAGCCUCUUCCACGGAAACCCCUUAUGCUUCGGACUGCUGGCGCUGAUCUUCUCAAUCAAGGCAAGAGACAUGAAGGUGAACGGAGACCUGCAGAGAGCCAGGGGAUACAGCAAGUGGGCUCUGGUCUUCAACGGGGCUGCGCUGAUAAUAUUUUCUUUGAUUAUCCUUUCUUUUCUAAUUAUUUUGAGCAUUCGAGUCAUUUCAUUUGGCCCUUAUUUCUAUCGGUACUAAGGACAUGUCCCUACCAAUGUCAAAAAAACAGUUAAUUGCCCGUGUAACAAAAAUCAUAAUUAUGCUGAAUUGAAUUGAAUUACCAAGUAAUGCGCUUUGUAACCAUCAGCACAGCAAAAUGAAUAUUCGUUGUUACUUUACGCCACCUUUCAGAAAAUAGUUUUGAAAAUAGUUUCAGCAGCCGCCCCAGCGAGCUCUCCAAGUUAAUGAUGCAUAAUGUCCGUAAAAUAACCUAUGGGUACACCAAGGCACUUGAUUUGAAUUAGGGUAGUAUCUUUGGCUGAAUGUACUGAAUGUUACUACACUUUGCAUUAAAAGCUUCAUCUAAAAUAAAGGUUUUACAAUGUAACAUUGUUUUAAAUAAUACAUGCGCUAUUUGUGAUCCAAUGCAAUGGUCUUUUACAUAACAGCUUCAGCUGAGUCAGAGAAUGAGACUGAGAGGGAGAUGGAGGCUGGUUCGACGGCGGUCGUGGUAGGGCCCCAUGCAGGGGCUAGGACAGGUCUAGCAAUGCCACUGCAAAGGUCUUUAUGAGUUAUUAUAUGCAAAUUAGUUAUUUCAACUGUGGACAUGCGGCAUUACAAUGACAAGCUGCAAGCAGUGACUACGCUUACAUGAAAGUAACAUCAUGACAAUGUGUCCGCAUUAGAGCCUCAGACCGAAAAUUAUGUGACAAUACAGAAGUUAUCCUUUAACAAAGACGCAUUCUGAAUGGAAAUACAUCAGAGGAACCAUCAGGCGUCUUUCCUGAGCAAAAGACACAGAGUGUUGCUCUCCGAAAGAUAGGUUUCCACCCACGGCAGGGAAGGGACAGACAGAGGAGAGGAGGCUACAGAAGCAGAGAUUGGAACAGUCAGGAGCAGGGACGAGACAGAGUGAACAUUUGGAAGGAAAGGCCCCUUCAGGACCCCGACCCCAAAAACGACAGGUGUCCCAUUCAUUUUUUUAUACACAAAAGACUUCAUUCUUAUAUUACAAUUUUCAGUUACAAGAUUAAUUCUAAUUGAAUUACUUCUGCUUCACAGUACCGUAAUAUAUAUAUUUUUUAAAUGUAACUAUUAACACUU